CUGCCGGCAGCUGCUGGGGGCGGGACGGGACGGGAGCCCCCGCGUCCCGCGGCUGAAAUAGGGGAGGGCCCGUCCCGCUCGGCCCCAGGUGCCUGCUGACCGCCCCGCCGGGCUGUGCCGUGCUGCCGCCGAGUCUGUUUUACAGAGUUCAAGCUCAGGACGUAGUUGCCAGCUUCCUGCUGCUCCUGUCAUCUCAUUUUCAGCUUAACUAAAAUCUGCAAAAAUUCUCUGCUGCAAGAAAACGGGUGUGAUGUCAUCAGAAGAUGAUGCUGGUGGGGAGGCUCCUGAGGGUAGUUUCUGGGAGGCUGGAAACUACAGGCGGACAGUGAAGCGGGUGGAUGACGGCUACCGACUCUGCAAUGACUUAAUCUCCUGCUUCCAGGAGCGAGCCAAAAUAGAGAAGAACUACGCCCAACAGCUAACAGAGUGGUCCCGAAAGUGGAGGACCAAUGUGGAGAAAGGUCCACAGUACGGUACUCUGGAGAAGGCCUGGCAUGCCUUUUUGACAGCUGCAGACAAACUAAGUGAGAUUCACUUAGUUGUCAGGAACCAUCUGGCUGGUGAAGAUUCAGAUAAGAUCAAGGCCUGGCAAAAGGAGGCCUACCACAAGCAAAUAAUUGGGGGCUUCAAGGAGACGAAGGAGGCAGAGGAUGGGUUCCGCAAGGCCCAGAAGCCCUGGGUGAAGAAGAUGAAAGAUGUGGAGACCUCUAAGAAAAACUAUCAUGCAGCCCGGAAGGAGGAGAAAACAGCCCAUACAAGGGAGAAUCAUGCCAAGGCAGACUCCUCUGUCUCACAGGAGCAGCUGCGCAAGUUGCAGGAGCGUGUUGAGAAGUGUACUCAGGAGGCUGAGAAGUGCAAGGAUCAAUAUGAGAAGAUGCUAGAAGAGCUGAACCGCUACAAUCCCCGCUACAUGGAGGACAUGGAGCAAGUGUUUGAGAGCUGUCAGGAAGCAGAGCGCAAGCGGUUGUGCUUCUUUAAGGAGAUGUUCCUGAAUCUGCACCAGCAUCUCAACCUUUCCACCAGUGAAAGCUUUCAAGCACUGUAUCGAGAUCUCUAUCAAGUUAUCAUGGCUGCAGACAACCAGGAAGACCUGAAGUGGUGGCGUAAUACUCAUGGACCAGGCAUGGCCAUGAAUUGGCCUCAAUUUGAGGAAUGGUCCCUUGAAACACAACGGCCAAUCACUAAGAAGGAAAAGAGUGGUAAGGUGGCGGAUGAUGUCACAUUGACCAGCAUUUUGCCUACACGGGAUGGUGUUGUUUCACAGACUCCUCUGCAGACAAGGUCUUUCUAUCAAGAGGAGCAGAACAGCCUCUUCUAUGACAGCCUGAGGGCACCCACACUUGUGAAUGGAGGGAAGGAAGAUGUUUCGGAGUGGUCAGAUGAGGACACUCCAAAGAAGUGCCUGGAUGCCAACGGGCAUGAGGAAGACAUAAAGGUACCAGGUGUACGGGUACGAGCACUGUAUGAUUACACAGGACAGGAGGCAGAUGAGCUGAGCUUUAAAGCAGGUGAAGAAUUGAUGAAGAUUAGUGAGGAAGAUGAGCAGGGGUGGUGCAAGGGCCGACUUCUCACUGGCCAUGUAGGACUCUAUCCUGCUAACUACGUUGAGAAAGUUGCCUCCUGAUUACAACUGCCCUGCCAGCAUCUUGCAUCCAUACCAGCAUCUCCUGCAGAGGUCACUGGGUCACUGAUGGCUCCAGUCCACCUCUGCAAUAUAUCCAGCAACUUCUGGACUCUGAGGGCCUGUAUUCCAUGUAACUAAUGCUUCAUUUUAAAUGCCUAGACCUGUAGGGAUUUUCUAAUAAAUAAACAAGGAUGAAUAAGACUA